UCCCUAUAUUUAUUUCCAAGGUAUGCAAAUGGCUGCAGAUAGUUUCUGGAGCUCGAAAACGAAGGCAAAGUAAGAGUCUUGUCUCAGAUUGAAAGGAGACGACUGCGUUUAAUCGCAAAUGCUGCAUCCCUUGGCGCCUAAACACUGCCAGCCCCAUGACUGAUUCCACCCUUAUUGAUUCUGAGACCGAGAUCGAAGCCUCUCGAGGUACCAGUAGAACAAGAGUGAAUAUGGCUGAGGGAUCUUCCCAGGGGAAGAGGUUGCUGCAGCACCUUAAAGACCUACACGAGGAAAACAAGACACUCAUGAAGCUCGUUGCAGACAAAGAGUAUCCUUUUGAGAUCUAUAUGUUCUUUUUAUUUUGUGAAUUUAUCUCAUUUACUAGUUCAAAUCUGGUCUGGCACUUCUUUCCUCUGUGGUUUUGCUUAAUUCUGUUCGGAAGUAAGCGUAUUGAAUCGUACAUGAUAGAUUUUGAAGAGCUGAAUAGCUUGAAAAUCAUUGUCAAUAAACUAGAGAAACAAAAUUUCAAACUCACCCAAGCAAACAGCCAGAUGUUGCAAGAGCUACGGAGUUUGAGAGACCAUGUGCAGAAAGUACAACAACCAAAUUUACCACCCGCCCAAGAAAUAAACCAGGUGCAGGAAGUACAACAACCAAAUUUGCAACCCCAAGAAAUAAUCCAGGUGCAGGAAGCACAACGACCAAAUUUGCAACCUGCCCAAGCAAGAGUCCAGGUGCAGGAAUUAGAACCACCAAAUUUGCAAGCUGCCGAAGCAAGUAGCCAGAUGCAGGAAGAAGAACCUGACCUAGAAAAUAGCCAGAUAUUGCUGGAACUCAAAUCACGUGAUCAUAUGUUAAGUUCUACUGACGAAGCAGUCCGGGAGUGUAUAGAUAUGAUCGAAAAACUUCAAGCUUUGGGCCCUCCUACUAAUGAAGCAAUCCAACAAGUUAAGGCAAAGCUUCAAGCUUUGGGCCCUCUUACGAUUGAUGCAGUCCGGCAGAUUAGAGUGGGGUUUCGUAAGCUUCAGAAAUUGCAGUGUCCAAGGUGUGAAUCUAAUAACACUAAAUUCAGUGUUUUGAAAGCCAAAAGAAUAUCUGCCCCAAGAUAUCACUGCAAAAAUUGUAAAAUGGAAUGGACAUUGGGGGGCGAAAUAAGGAAACCUAUUGUGCUUGGAGGCGUGAAUAGAAGAGAUCUUCUUCAGCAGCGCGUCCAACGUGUUCAGCGUAGGAGGAUGAAGACUUGAAAAUAGUAUAUAUUUUUAACGUUGUAAAGUUUUGAGCUUGAUAUAGUUCUUGUUCCCAUAGCAGAUAAUAAUUGUUCAGCUUGGUUUCUUUCAUUGAGUAGUACCAAAACAAACUAGCACUGUAAACUUAAAUAUGGUCGUUGUUGCAUUAGCCAGUUCGACAAUACUCUUUUACAAUGUUCUCUGAACUUUCUAAUUUGGAAUUUCAAUAAUAUUUUUUUCACCGUGUACAAUUCCUACAA